AUUUCGCUGUUUGCGAAAAAAAAAAACUGUGAAUUGACAUUUUCAUUGAAUUUUUUUCUUCUGACCAAAACAAAUCUGACUAAUUUGGAUAAUGGCAUCUGCGAUGGAUGUGGACAACGACGAAAUUGAAGCUCCAAGCUCCAGCAGUUCAAAAGUGGAGAAAAAGCGAUUCGAAGUCAAGAAGUGGAAUGCUGUCGCGCUUUGGGCUUGGGAUAUUGUCGUGGAUAAUUGUGCUAUUUGUAGAAACCACAUAAUGGAUCUUUGUAUUGAAUGUCAAGCUAAUCAAGCAUCUGCUACCAGUGAAGAGUGCACAGUUGCCUGGGGAGUAUGUAAUCAUGCCUUCCACUUCCACUGUAUAUCGAGAUGGUUGAAGACAAGGCAAGUCUGUCCAUUGGACAACAGAGAAUGGGAGUUCCAAAAGUACGGGCAUUGAAAACUAUUUCAAGUCUGAUUCCUUACAUUCAAGUUAUUUAUGUGUAUUCUCGAAAACCUUGAAUAUUAUUUUAUUUGCUGCGGAAUUGGUUCAUAUAAUAAAUUCUUCAAUUUGUCAUGUUA